AAGCUGGUUUCGUAAUGCCAUGUGGACGCACGUGUGUCCGAAAAAGCCGACAAUUUGGUUAACGUGGUGGUCAAUCGAACGGCACGACUUGUUUCCAGAGACUAGCUGGUAUUCUAUGAAUUACAGUGAAAUACGGCGUAUCAGUUGCUCAACUCCAACACAAGAAUAGGGGAUGAGAGCCGGUGACUAGACAACACAAUGGCCUCGGACCGCGAACCGUAGGAAUAACCACUUUUACUUUUGUGAUGGCAGCGCCAAGAGCCUUCGCAUGACUGCUAAGCAACGGCCGACUCUCGGCAGACCUGCAUUUUGACUUCCUCAAAAUAGCCUUUUAGCAUGAACCUAGCUUCGAAAGCUCGAACAUGCGCGCAAUAUGCCUCACAGGGUCUCUGAUAUGUGCAACGAGUCGUUGGGUAGGUACUCCCUCCCAGGGUCCAAUGGGAUGAAAACCUUCGACGGAGACCGUUUUCGAAAACGAAUGCGGCAUGAUCCUUUCGCAGCUUGCUUCGCCUCGAAAAAAGUACGCGAGACUAGACGAUGGCGCUCCUUGAUCACAGAGCCUCAAAAUACAGUAGUGUCACCGUUCCUGGCAUCGGAGCACAAUGAUAGAUCCUUCAUCCGGGCAGAUGGGUCGAUACUUGGGAUGAGAAGGUCUAUACUAGAUGUGACUGAAUGCGUUCGACCACCGCGGCGGAUCCAAGACUUUAGCGCUGCUGAUGAUUCGAUCUUGGCUCUUACCAUGGGCCACACUCUAGCUCUGAAGAGCUAUAGCUAUCACCAAGCUCUUGAAGGUAGGUAUAAGAGGUGUGAGAAGAUGCCAGGGAUGGAGGAUAACGAAGGAGGAGGAGGGGCAGCUGGGCACGUGCUUGCUAGACUGGCCCGUGCGCUCCUUACUUCAGCGGUACCGCACAGACCACGUCCAAAGACUGGAAGUGGGGGAACCCCCGGAGCCAAUGCCCCGCAAGCCGAUCAAGCCACGUUCACCCUUUGGUUUCAUGCGCCACAAUGACGUUGGUGUCAGUCACGCCUGGUUCCUGGUGGAGGCGAUACCUCAAGCGCAAUCUUCCACUUGGUCACCUCAAGCCUGCAGCCUCUCCUACUCCCUAUCUUGCGGGCUUUAUCGCUAUUUUCAUAUCUAGAACAAGCCUCUUGUACCUCGAGACCUAUCGAUCAUCAAGAUGGCGAACACUGGCGC